AAGAAAUCUCUUGAGAUAUGUGCAAAUGCAGAAAGCUGUCCGAACUGUGCGCUACCUCUCCUGUCACACCUAGUCCUGUAAGAGCCUGUGGACAGGAUUACAGAGCCCAGCACCCUGCCCCUGGCACAAGCUGCCCAAAGGAAGUGACACCGUCAUGGAGGGAAAACAACAGUGAGAAGCAAAGUUGGAACAGACUUGGUACCGCAGCUGAAGACCAUCCCCUUAUUUGGCCUAUUUUUGCCCCAAAGAGUGUGUCCACGCCCCUGUCAGGCCUGAGCGAGCUCACCCCCCAUUCAUUAAUUGCUGAGGUCAGCGCUGAAGUAAAAAGCCGAUCCAUGGUGCGAGAAACUUGCUUUCCCCCGCUUUCCUCUCAGUUCAGGAUGGCAUUCAUCAAAAGUCUUCGCGGGCUCAAGAAUGAGAUUAUUCUCCUCUCAACACCAUUUCUUCUUCUUCCUUUGCCUUUGGUGAUCGGGACAACGGAGGCAGCAUGUGCCUAUGUGAUAAUCCUGAUGGCGGUGUACUGGUGCACAGAGGCCCUACCGCUGGCUGUGACGGCACUGCUCCCAGCCCUCCUUUUCCCGCUGUUUGGCAUCAUGAAGUCCAAAGAUGUGUGUAUGCAGUACCUGAAGGACACAAACAUGUUGUUUGUGGGGGGGCUGAUGGUGGCUGUGGCUGUGGAGCACUGGAAUCUGCACAAGCGCAUCGCCUUGAGGGUGCUGCUCUUCGUUGGUGUGCGUCCAGCACUUCUGAUGUUGGGUUUCAUGGGUGUGACAGCCUUCUUGUCUAUGUGGAUCAGUAACACAGCCACCACUGCCAUGAUGGUGCCUAUUGUCCAAGCUGUGCUGGAACAGCUCAACAACUACAGCGAGGUCGAGAUUCCUCAGAUCCUCAGCUCAGAGGAGCAGGUCUCACCGGCAGACGCUGACAGCAAACAGCCUGGACAGACGGGCAAGCAGAGUGAAGGACAAGUGGUGGUGACUUUCUUAGAUGCAGAAGUGGAGGCUGCCAGGCGCAAAGAAGCAGCGGAGAGGAUGAGGAUGUGUAAAGGCAUGACUCUGUGUGUUUGUUAUGCUGCCAGCAUUGGAGGCACAGCCACACUCACAGGGACAGGUCCCAAUCUGGUGCUCAAGGGACAGAUGAACCAACUCUUUCCACAAAACGGAGAUGUGAUUAAUUUUGCCUCCUGGUUCGGCUUUGCCUUCCCUAACAUGAUCCUCAUGCUCACACUGGCCUGGCUCUGGCUGCAGUUUGUCUUCAUGGGCUUCAACUUUAAGAAGACCUGGGGAUGUGGGUCUGUGAAGACAGAGAAGGAGAUCGCUGCCUAUAAUGUGAUCCGCGAGCAGCAUCGUCAGCUGGGUCCCAUGUCGUUUGGGGAGAUGAGUGUCCUGGGUCUCUUCAUUCUGCUGGUGGUGCUGUGGUUUACCAGGGACCCCGGCUUUGUUGCCGGCUGGGCAACAGACAUCUUCAACUCCAAAGCAGAAUACGUCACAGAUGCCACAGUGGCAGUGUUCAUUGCAGUCCUUCUGUUUAUUUUGCCCUCUAAAGCACCACGUCUCUGUUCAUGGAGGAGUCAUAGUUUUGACAAUGCACCCCAUCAAAACUCUGGCCCGACUCCAGCUCUGCUCACCUGGAAAGUGGCCCAAAAGAAGUUACCAUGGAGCAUAGUGCUUCUUCUUGGGGGAGGAUUUGCCCUGGCCAAGGGCAGCGAAGAAUCAGGACUCUCCAAGUGGAUGGGAGAUCAAAUGACUCCCCUGCAAACCAUCCCGCCAUGGGCAAUUGCUAUGAUCCUGUGCCUGCUGAUUGCUACUUUCACUGAGUGCACCAGUAACGUGGCCACUGCGACUCUCUUCCUACCUGUCCUAGCCUCAAUGUCCCAGUCCAUUGGAAUGAAUCCUCUGUACGUCAUGGUGCCUUGCACUCUCAGUGCCUCAUUUGCCUUCAUGCUGCCUGUCGCCACACCACCAAAUGCCAUUGUUUUCUCCUAUGGCUACCUCAAGGUUGCUGACAUGGCCAGGACGGGAAUAGUCAUGAACAUUAUUGGUAUCCUUUGCAUUACAAUGGCCAUCAACAGCUGGGGUAAGGCCAUGUUUCACCUGGACUCCUUCCCUGCCUGGGCCAACGUCACAGGGGUAUGAGCCAGGUUGUGGUUCGGCCGUGGGAGAUAUUCCAAGCACAUCCCUCCCCAUCCAACAGGAGCCAGGCAAAGAUCUCUGGUCAGAGAGACAGCACAGGAAGACAUGGUGGACUGGCUGUGUCUGGUGCUAUUGGGACACAAGCCUAUCUAGGCUUGUUUUCAUUGAUACUUGUGAAAGAGAGUGGUGAUGAAUGUGAGUGGGAAUGGAGGAAAUGGCUGAAGAGUGGAAUUAAAAGUCUUGUUGAAUUUAUAUUGCACCGAAAUGGAGUUACACAUUAAAGUAGACCCUGUAUGCCCUGGAGACAGUAUUCACCUCCUAUAAAUGAAAAAAAAAAUACUGUUUCAUUUUCAUAAGUAGCCAAGAUAAGUAGAAGCACUGCUGUUCAAGUCAAAUCUUUGUUAUCCCUCGAAGGAAAGUUGGUUUGCAGCAAACGUGAAAACAGAAGUAAGUUAUGUAGAGCUGAACAGUCAAAUAAACUCAAAGAGAAAAGUAAGUUUUCCUCAAAGUCAUAUGCACCCACUUUCAAACACAGUAUAGCAAUAUAAAUAAGUAAACAAUGUGUAUAGACAUAUCUUUUAAAUCUCAUUUAAAUCAGAUCCAAAGCCAAUUAGACUGCUAGCUGGGUUAGCCAUUUGAGGAUUUAUAGAUUAACACAAUAUAGAUUAACGCAAUAACUUGUACAGUUUAAAAAACUCUCAUCUAUGCUCUCUCAUCUGUAGCCACUCUAACCUAAAGAUGACGUGUACAUUAGGACAUUUGGUGGUUUGGUACUUCCAACAUCACUUGAACUUUGAAUACUGUGUCAUCAAGCCAAAACAAGAAACCCUUAUGUACCUUAUACACACAUUGAUUUAUUGUAUUUGUAAACACUGUCUAAAUAUGUACAGUAGGCUCAGUGUAUGUUGACAUUGUGAAACUUGUAACUGCAAAGUAAUGGAUUAUAGUUGAAAUUUAAUUAAAUGUAUUUAAUAAAUAUUUAGUUAUGUAUAGCUUUGUUGUUGAUGAUGUUGUUAUUUUAUAUCACAUGACUUAGUGCAUAUGUGUACUGGAACAGAAGAUUGAAAAAUGAUUAAUCAAGUGUCUUGGCUGCUUGUAUGUCCAAUGGGUUGAAGAAAUCAUGUUCCCAGCACUGUGAUAUCACUCCAUCAGGUUAAAACACUGGCAAACAGAUCAUGUCAAGGUCAUGGAAGUCAAGAGUCAAAUAAAAGACAUCUGAUUUAAUAAUA